GAUAAUUCCACACUUUACAAAUUACAAUGAUGCAAGUGGACAAAACAUUAUGAUUUCGUAAAGCAAAUGAUAAAAGGAAAGAAAUAAAUAAAUACAAAAGGACAGACUCACAAGUCACAUGCGGCUGAGAUGAAUAAAUCACGGUUCAUGUGGGUCACACAUUUCAAUGCAAAUAAAUAAAGGUACUCAUUCAAUAAUUCACCACCAAUAAUUGCACUCUCAACGGGACCACCAACUGUGUCGUAUAUGUCCUCACCCGCAGUGCAAGCAUUUCUCCAUCUCCGGUACUAUGUGGAGCGACCUUCCCUUUGAUCUCCUCGCCACCGUCUUCUCCAACCUCUCCCCAGACUCCUUGGCUUGCGCCAGGUCGGCUUGCCGGCAUUGGCACAAAUCUGCCAAGGCUUUCCUCUUCAGCACAACCUCUUUGGUGGUUUCCCGCCACGACCCACCAUGGUUCGUCGCCAUGCCCAAGCGCAGCCAUGGACGACUGUGUUGUUAUACUCACAACCCAAUUCUCGACAACUGGCAUGCUCUCUCUCUCGACUUUCUUCCACACCCAGUUCGCCUUGUUAGUCCCAUCGGAAGCCUGAUUCUUGUAAGACCCACAAAUUCUACAUUCCUCCAAUUGGCGGUUUGUAAUCCGUUUUCAAGGCAAUUCAGGCAACUCCCUCUGCUAAACAUCACAAGAACUAACCCAGCCGUCGGCGUUCUUGUUCGGUUUCCUUUCUUUAUUGUCUACGUCGCAGGUGGGAUGUCCGACGCGCCACGCGGCGGCGGCGCUACAUAUGAACCCACCUUGGAAAUAUACGACUCGCGAAUUGACAGGUGGCGAAUUGUGGGCUCCAUGCCGGUGGAAUUUGCCGUGAGGUUAACUGUCUGGACACCCAGUGAGAGCGUGUUCUCCAAGGGGGUCCUCUAUUGGAUAACCUCCGCCCGGGCGUUUACUGUAAUGGGCUUUGACAUUUGCACAAACACUUGGAGGGAACUGAAUGUGCCGAUGGCGGACCGGCUCGAAUUUGCGACGGUGGUGCGGCGGAAUGGGGCGCUGACGCUUGUUGGUGGCGCGUGCGGCGAGAUUAAUGCUUGCAUAUGGGAGCUUGGCGAGGGAGAUAAGUGGCGGCUGGUGGAGAAGAUGCCGGCUGAAUUUGAGAGGAGACUUUUAGGUGGAAAGGGUACUUGGGGAAGUACAAAGUGUGUGGGAAUUGAUGGGGGGAUUUAUUUGUAUAGAGAGCUUGGGUCCGGAAUGGUGGUUUGGAGGGAAGUUGCAGAAAAUGGUGUUUGGGCAUGGUUUUGGGUUGAUGGGUGCUCUUCCAUUGGAGGAAAACAAGUGCAAAGUUUCCCAAUAAAAGGAGUGCUUCUUCACCCAACUCUUGCUCCCUCAUGCAUAUUCUAACUCAAAAAUGGUGCCUUUACUUUGCUUUUCUCCUACAAAUUUUAAUAAAGUUUCAUGCCUCAAGAGAGAACCUUUCCGGGAAGAUUUGAUUGAUGAGCGCAAAACUUAAAUGAAAAGGUAAAAGAAAUUUAUUUUGUA